GUUGCAGAGACGCUUCAGGGUAUUCCUCAGAAUUUUCAGUGAAAGGAUAUUCGACUUCCCUUAUUCAGGUAAAAAUGACAUCUUCACAUGAUGCGCAAGGAUUCCGGGGUAACCAAGGUGAAGAUGAGGACGUCGACGUGAUAUCUAUGGAGCCUAUCACCAUGAUAGUGCCGCCGGAGUUGCAGGAUUCGCCUAGAACCGCCACGCCUGAGAAUAGCAGUAGUUCGAGCACGAGCAAUGGCUCUGAGAACCACCAGCCUUCAACUUCUAGGGAUUCGCCCGUGGAAGGGAUAUCCGGCGAAGUACACGGUGCUGAAGAGGUUCUCAGCGGGCGACUAGACAACCUCCGUAAAGCUCCCAAAACGCUACCGGCCGAAUUUAGGUUCAGGGCGAUUCUGCACCACGAAGUUGCAGAUGGGGUGGCCACGGUGAAAGGGUAUAAGAAGCUAGAGCAGAUGGUGAGGCGAUUCCAGAUCCCCAGAACCAUCCUGAUCCGAGCUGGUACACCAAAUGAAAGGGCGUGCUCAGUAUCACGGACGGGCUGGGUGCCAGUGUACGUAGACCAUUUUGAGGCCGGUCUACGUUUUCCUCUGCCCGGGCUAGUUUUUGAUGUCCUGGCAGAGUACGAGCUGGCCCUUUCGCAACUCACUCCCAACAGCAUAAAGUUCAUCAUAGGCUUUAUGCUGUUGUGCAAAAGGCUGGGGAUGCCUGCAAAGGCGGUGGUCUUCAGGUCGCUCUUCCUGUGCCAUUUGUGCCCGUCUACGAGUGAGACGAGGUGGUACUACAUCUCAGGAAGAGAGAAGAUGAUUAUCUUCACCAACAUUAGGAACAAGGUGGCGAGAUGGAAGAGGCAGUUCGUCUUCGUGCGCGAUACACGAACUGAAAGGAUGAAUAACGAGCUCGCCGCCCGUCUAUCUGAGUGGCAUACGCCGAACACGUACAUGAACUACCCUCAGCUGACCGUUGGUGACGUCGACCUGAAGAACCGGCUACUCGAUCACGUGAAGGCGAGGGGUUUGGUGGAGCUGGAGGCCUUGGUUACCCCGGACCAGAUCGCAGUUCUUGGGUUUGUCGAUGUGGCAAACCUGCACAGUGAAGGAGAAAUGAGCAGCAUCCUAGAGAGGCAAAGACAACGAGCUCAAGGCUCAAGGAGCCAGGGAGCUGGGUCCGGCUCCCAACGUCAGUCCCGCUUUGACGAGCGGCCACCUGCUGCAUCAGGGCGCAGCUCGCAGCACAGAGGUUUCACCUCGGCACAGAGGCCACGUGCUGAGCAAAGAAUUGAGCCUGCGCCUUCCAGCUCCAGAAGGCGUUCGAGGGAAGACGCGGAUGCCGAUGCAGAGGAUGACGGUAUGCAGAACUUUGUGCCCCCUGCAGACCGGCUGCGUGCAAAGGGGCACGUUCAGCAGCAUGGAGGACAUGCUGCGCUAAUAAAGUUGAUGGAUGCGUUCAGCUACACUGUCGCACUCUUUGAGUGCGAGCAGGGAGCCAGGGCGCAGAACAGCGAGCUGCAACACAACUGCAAACAGCUGGCAUCUGAGAAGGCCAGCUUGGCUGACGAGGUUAACCGCUUGCAGAGCUCGGAGAUGGCCAACCGAGCGGCGUCAGCUGAAAGCCGGGCUGACGAGCUGGCUCGCAAAGUCACUGAGCUUAGGGAGGAGCUGGACCGAGCUCGGGCUGAGAAGGAGAGCGGCAUUCAAGCUGCGAAGGAUGAGGCCGGUCGUGCAGAGGACCGGGCCAGAAAGGCAGAAGCUGAGAGAGAGAGGACUCUGCACGAGCUUAGCGGCCUGAGGGAGAGGGUCUCAGUGGCGGAUCAACAUGUUGCCCAGGCUGAGGCGUCCUUGGAGAGGACUAAAAGACUUCACCAGCGCGACGUUUGCUUUGCCCGUGCACAGGGGGCUGAGUGGCUGGUGGGGGCGGAGAUGUUCCAGGACGCCGUAGCUGUGGCCGCAGCCAACACCACCACUGACAUCUUCAAUGAAGUUCGUGGGAAGGUGUUGAGAGUCUGGGCAGACUUCCCCAUUGGCAAGCUGGCUUUCUUCGAGGGCGAGGAGAUCAAUGCUGACGGGAAGAGCCUCACCCAGCCAGCUGACACCAGGGUAAAACUAAAGUGGGAGCUCAACGAGGAGGGGCUGCCCGUCUGGCCCCCUUCAGUCGUUGAGGAAGGAGAGGACAUGGAGGGGUUGCCGAGCUUUGAUGCUUGGGUGGCAGACCCCCAUGAUGUGCCUGCUGAGCCUUCCAGCACUCCUCCCUGUGCUCCGCCUCAGCCUGUCUCAGCUGCUGCUCUAGCUCCAGCUGCUCUCUCUCCAGUUCCGUCUCCUGUUCACUCUUCCCCAAAUCGAUCAUCUCCAGCUCGAUCUGCUGCUGCGCCAAAUGACGCAUCCACCCCCGUCGACCUGACGGAUGAGUAGUUUAGGACCUUUUGUUUUGUUUUUUGUAGUUCUUCUUGUCUUUUAUGUUAAUCGAACAUUUGUACAAGAAUACUCAUGAAAUACAACUCCAAUAUUUGUUUUUGAAAUUGCUAUGUAUUGUUCUUGUAUUUUUGUGUAAAUCGAUGAAGUUAUUUGCAAUAUGUACUCCAUAUGUAGGAUUCAUUGAUCAGGUGCAACUUUGGAACUCUCUGUAUUGAAUUUUCUGUAAAUCAUCAUCUACAAAUGAUCCAUAACGACCUGAACACUAUUGACAUACAUGCUAACUAUAAAACUUUCUAAGGUUA